GUAGCUGCAGCUUGUAGUAGCUGCACUUUGCCUCUUUUCUUCCACUGAGUUUGACAGUGGGUUGUUAGACGUUUUGCUUCUUUUAUACACCGACCUUCAUGGCUUCCAGUGGUUCUAUUCAGAUCCCCAGACGGCUGCCUUUGCUCCUGACACAUGAGGGAGUGCUGCUUCCUGGUUCCACCAUGAGAACCAGUGUGGACACCCCAGGUAACAUGGAGCUGGUACAGAACCGAUUGCUUCGGGGCACAUCGCUGAAAAGUACGAUAAUUGGGGUGGUCCCGAACACCAGCGACCCGAGCAGUGAUAGAGAGGAGCUGCCUUCCCUGCACAGGAUUGGCACUGCAGCGCUAGCUGUGCAGGUAGUUGGAAGCAACUGGCCCAAGCCACACUACACACUGCUGGUCACAGGUCUGUGUCGCUUCCAGAUCACUGAAAUCCUAAAAGAGCGUCCAUACCCGGUUGCAGAAGUGGAGCAGUUAGAUCGACUCGAGCAGUUAAGCAGUAAGGAGGAAUUUAAGGAAGCAUUGGGAGACCUCUCUGAGCAGUUCUACAAGUAUGCUGUACAGCUGGUGGACAUGCUUGAUAAUUCUGUACCUGCAGUAGCAAAGCUGAAGCGAUUACUUAACAAUCUGCCAAAAGAACUACUGCCAGAUGUUCUUACAUCGAUUAUUAGGACAACCAAUGAAGAAAAACUCCAGAUUUUAGAUGCUGUUAGCCUGGAAGAACGUUUUAAGGUGACCAUUCCUCUCUUACUGAGGCAAAUUGAAGGGUUAAAACUACUGCAGAAAACACGGAACCCCAAACAAGAUGAUGACAAAAGGAUUGUAGCCAUUCGGCCUCCGAGAAAGCUUGGAAAUAUUUCCAGCAAAUCAUUUUCCCUGGAAAACACAGAUGAUGACGAUGAAGAUUCUGAUGACAUUAUAAUACUUGAGAGGAAAAUAAAAUCCUCUAAUAUGCCAGAACCAGCUCUAAAAGUAUGUGUAAAGGAAAUAAAAAGGUUGAAAAAGAUGCCACAAUCCAUGCCAGAAUAUGCUCUGACCAGAAACUAUUUAGAGUUAAUGUCCGAGUUGCCUUGGAGUAAAACUACAAGAGAUCGCUUGGAUAUCCGUGCUGCCAGAAUUCUAUUGGACAAUGAUCACUAUGCCAUGGCAAAGCUGAAAAAAAGGGUUUUGGAGUAUCUUGCUGUCAGACAACUUAAGAACAACUUAAAAGGCCCAAUACUUUGUUUUGUGGGUCCUCCAGGGGUAGGAAAAACCAGCGUGGGAAGAUCCAUCGCCAAAACAUUAGGAAGAGAGUUUCAUAGGAUUGCACUCGGGGGAGUAUGUGAUCAGUCUGAUAUCCGUGGACACAGACGCACUUAUGUGGGCAGCAUGCCAGGCCGCAUAAUCAAUGGCUUAAAGAUCGUUGGGGUCAAUAAUCCAGUUUUCCUGUUGGAUGAAGUUGAUAAACUGGGGAAGAGUUUGCAGGGAGACCCAGCAGCUGCUUUGCUGGAGGUGCUGGAUCCAGAGCAAAACCAUAACUUCACUGACCAUUACUUGAAUGUGGCCUUUGACCUCUCUCAGGUCCUGUUUAUUGCCACCGCAAAUACAACUGCCACAAUUCCUCCUGCACUACUUGACAGAAUGGAGGUUCUAGAGGUGCCAGGUUACAGUCAAGAAGAGAAGUUAGAAAUUGCUCACAGACAUCUUAUCUCAAAGCAACUUGCUCAGCAUGGUUUAACUCCUGAACAAAUCCAGAUUCCUCAGGAAGCUACUUUGGAGAUUAUAACCCGAUAUACUAGAGAAGCAGGGGUCCGAUCACUGGAUAGAAAACUUGGAGCUAUUUGCCGAGCUGUUGCUGUUAAGGUAGCAGAGGGACAACACAGAGAGCACAAAUCAGAGCAUUUGGAGGCACCUGAAGGAGAAGAACGCAAAGAGAGCGUCCCAGAAGGUUCCAAAUCUGCUACAAUCAAUGACACAGCAGACUUUGCCCUGCCUCCUGAAAUGCCCAUUCUUAUCGACCACCAUGCACUGAAAGAUAUUCUUGGUCCCCCCAUGUAUGAAACUGAGGUGUUUGGACGGUUGAAUCAGCCUGGUGUAGCCAUUGGCUUGGCCUGGACCCCACUGGGUGGUGAGAUCAUGUUUGUGGAGGCCAGUCGGAUGGAUGGAGAAGGCCAACUAACUCUGACUGGGCAGCUGGGAGAUGUUAUGAAGGAAUCAGCACAUCUAGCAAUUAGUUGGCUUCGUAGCAAUGCAAAAAAAUAUCAGCUCACCAAUGCAUCUGGAAGUUUUGAUCUCCUUGACAACACCGACAUCCAUCUCCACUUCCCAGCUGGAGCAGUCACAAAAGAUGGACCAUCUGCUGGUGUUGCCAUAGUAACCUGCCUCGCUUCACUAUUCAGCGGCAGGCUGGUGUGUUCAGAUGUAGCCAUGACUGGAGAGAUCACAUUAAGAGGUCUUGUUCUUCCUGUUGGAGGAAUAAAAGACAAGGUUUUAGCGGCUCACAGAGCAGGACUGAAACGGGUCAUCCUUCCCAAGAGAAACGAGACUGACCUGGAAGAGAUUCCCCUUAAUGUGAGACAGGAUCUGGAAUUUGUCCUGGCAGGCUCUUUAGAUGAAGUCCUGAAUGCUGCGUUUGAUGGUGGAUUUUCACUCAAGACCACACCUGACCUUCUAAACAGUAAACUGUGACAUGGUUGGAACAAAGUUUAUUCUCUCUAACACUUAAAUAGACCCUACAAAUCUGUUGGAAGCUGCUUCCUCUGUUUGAUGUAGACAGGAAAUCCAAUCCUACCAUUCAGCUGCUUGAGAGAAGAGGAUUGAUAGGGAGUUGCCCCAUGACUAAAUACAAUAAAGGCUCAUACAGGCAGGUACUUAUAUGUCCAGUUGACAUUACACUUAUGGGGGGGGGGGGAUUACAUUUAGGCACAGUUCUAUGUCAGUACCUAUGGCAGGCAGCAGGUAAACACACUAUGCUUUGGUUUUGUUCCUGUAUCUGUCAUAUGUCUAUACCUAUGCCCUUAGUCUGCUACCAGCAAUCCUCCAGCUUCUAUCAUUUGUCAGGUUUUAAUUCAAUUUCUUUUUCCUUAACACUGCAAAAUGAUUUGUAUUAAAUCGGAUGUACAUUGUGGAGGAAAUAAGGUAUGUUAAGGAGAUUCUGGCACAUAGUUAAGCAAUUUAAGGGCUAAACUACAUGGGAAAUUUUAUCUGAUCCACAAAAUCUUGUCAUGCACAACAGCGUGGGAUUUGGAAGAUGCCACAAAAUCUGAUCCCCACAGCUGUAAUGUAAGUUGGAUCAGAUAAAAUCACAGGGUGUGGUUUGUUUAUUCAUCUCAUUGGAUGAAGACGCAGCAUUUUCUACCAACAGAUGUGUCGCAAAUCUUUUGGCAGUUUAUUCUCAGUGCCAUUAUAUUUGCCCCAAGCAAUGGCAUCUGACUUGUAGGCUGAAAUCUGUCCAUCCAACACCAUCCUACAAAAGAUCCUGUGUAGUUUAGGAUGUAAUUGAAUAGUAGUUCACAAGGUUGGUUCAUUCAGAAAUAACACCUCAUUGUUAAUAUAAGUAUAUACAUUGUCAGACUGGGACACCAGGGGCCCACCCAAAAACCUUUGACCAGGGCCCACCAAUUAAUUUUAGACAAGGGGCCCACUCUUAGUACUGUUAUUCUUCCUCUCCUUACUCAACCUCUAUUCUCCUAGUCUCUUCUUUACACACUAUAAUCUAUUAUUCCAUCUAUUUAGCCUCUUUGUUCUAAUAGAAAUAGGGAAUGACCAUGAAAUAGGCCAAAUGUCUAGCAGCAUGAGGGCCCACUGACACCUGGGCCCACCGGGCCUUUUCCUGAUAACCCGGUGGGCCAGUCCGACACUAAGUAUAUAGCUAUUCCCAUACUGCCCCAGGCAACUAACUCUACCCUCACAUUGGUUUUCCUUUUCCUAUUGUUUCUUGGUUUGUAUUCAGGACUAACACUUUUCAGAAUGAAAGUGCAACAGGGAGUAACAGAGGAACAAUCCUGCCUUGUGUAAAUGGUGAGAGUAGACACUAGGGCACAAUGGUGCACUGAAUGCUGGGAGUUUUAUGCACAGCGCAACACAGGGAUAGCAGAAAAAGUUGGAUACAAUGUAAUUUGAUGCACGCAGGCAAAAUGUAUAAUUAUACAAAUGUGCAGUUUAAUAACUAAUAGUUAAUUAUUUAAUUCUGCUGUUUAAUAAAAAAUAU